ACACAUUUUCCUGACUCUCCUCGAGUGCGACCCUCUCAGGUUAUGUCAUCUGUAUUUCUGCCAUGUUCUUGAAUUUACACAUCUGCGUGCUCGGCUGCUUUUCUGCGGGGGCCAAGUCGGCCGUCGACCCAAUCCGGAAUGGCCUGCGGCUCGCGAAAAGGCCAGAAGCUCGAAACGCGUCUCAGCUCAGUCUAUGCAGGCGGACUCUGCGCGGUCAGUGGAACUCCGCGUCCACACAAAAAAGAUCCUGCACUUACUCGGUGCCCCCCCGCCCGGGCAUGAGUGAGCCGCCCGACUCUUCCGGGGCUCGGGUCUCGCGAGGUGCCCCAGACCCGCAGGUUCAACCGACCCCGCGCAUUGACGGAUCCAAAUUCUCUUGUGCGUCAGGGACCAAGAAGGCGCGCAGCACCGACGAGAAGCGGCCUGUAACCGCUUCAGAUGGAGCAAAUUCUGCUUCGAGAAACGGGCCAUCUUUAGAUCCGGCGUCCAUCAGUCGAAUUUCUAAGACGAGUUGGUACCGAGUCAAAUCAGUUAGCAAUAUUUAUUACUAUUACAAUAAGCAGACAAAAGAACUUUGUCUCCGUCUUCCUGAAUCAGUUAGAAAGCUUCUCGAAACCCCGAAUUCCCCCCAAUCCUCAGAAUCUCAGCCGCCGUCUGAGCUGAAAUUCUAUCGAGAAAAAAGCCACUGCAACAGUCUAAUCGAUUCUAAACUCCUCUUUCCUGCGACGACUCAAAAAGCUUCGCUCCGCAUAAGGCAACCACCCGACUCCACCGCUUCGGAUCCACCCCCGAUCCCCUCCAUCUCUCUGGAAGAGGCAUCCAACUACAUGCGCCAAGAAGAAGCGAACCGAUCCUACGGGUCCGUUCGCCAAAACGAAAAACGCGCGACCGACGAAUCGAUAAUCGAUGAAAUCCUUGCUUCUCCUCUCCUAGCACCUGCUUCUCGCGUCGCAUGUCCAGAUAAUAAUCAGGCCUCUAUCAACGAAAAUAUCCAACGAUCCGCACGGCGCCUAAUCGACAAGGGAUACCCGCAACUUGUCAUUGACCGCUCCCAAGCUGUCUACGCUCGUCUCCUUGAUCGCUUCACCUCGGGCUCCUCGCUCAACUAUCGAGAAAGGCAGGCAUUGCGAACGAAUCUUUACAUCCGCGCAAUGGCCCUUAUAGAAAUGAGCAUGUGGGAAAAGGCGACUGAAUGCGCAAAUUAUGCUCUCCAACUGGACAAAAGCAGCCCUGUAGGAUACUUUUUGCUGGGAUGCAUCGCGCGCGGAAACUGCAAAAUGCGAGAGGCCCUCAAACACUGCCAGGAUGCCUUGGAAGCCGACAUCAACUAUCUACCUGCUUAUAUUCUCCAGGCUAAAGUUCUUCUAGAAACGGGCGCCCUCGAUAACGCCCUUUCGACCAUCGAUUCUGGGCUCACGUUAUCCCCACACGACCCAGAAGCCCUAGUUGUUAAGGCCUCCAUCAUGAUUGAACUCAACCAAGUGCUGGAAGCCGCCGAUAUUUUGGUGGACUUAAUCCGGAAAUAUCCGGAUUAUCCGGAGCCUUAUAUUUAUCAGGCGGUCAUAUUGCUCCAAGUCGAGCAACACGAAGAUGCUCUGAACGCCGUAUCCCGGGCACUUUGUCUGAACCAGAAUCACCGCCUCGGCUGGAUCGUGUACGCUGAAAUCAUGAUCUCUCAGAACCGCUACAAAGAUGCUGAGGCGGCGUUCGACCUCGCUUUGGAAAUUCAUCCGUCCUUUUUGCUCGCUCUCGUCGGCCAGAGUACCGCCUGCUUUCACACGAAGAACUACGCCAAGGGCGUCAAGAUGGCCACUCGGGCCGCGCAAAUCAACCCCAUGUCGUUCGAUGCCUGGUACAACAAAGGUCGGUGCGAACUGGAGCUCAGACAAUGGAACUUGGCCAUUCAAUCCUUCGAACGUUGCCUCGACCUGGAUCCAAACUACCAAAACGCUAGACUGUACCUGAGCAACUGCUACCAAGGCCUCGGCCGCACGAAUGAAUGCAUCAAUCAGCUGGACAAAAUACUUCAAGUCGAUCCUUCUCACACCAAGGCUCUCAUCAACAAGGGAUUCGCCCUCCAAACUCUCCGACGGCACUCGGAGUCCCUGAAGUGCUUCGACGAUGCCAUAAAAUCGGAUCCCAAAGAUGAAGAGGCCAAAAUGGGACGCGUAUCUGUACUGUAUGCAAUGGGAAGACCAGAUGAAGCGAACGACUUCUACUCAACAUUCAAAAACGACCAAAAUGCGAAGGGUUACGAGUCCGUCAUGAAACUCGCCGGCUCCUCUUAUUCCAAGUCGUUUGAGCCCUCUGGCUCCUCGGAUCAGGAAUUCACUCAACGCAUGACUGAUCUCGCUUCUCAGUUCGACAAACUAACUCAAGGCGGCUCCUCAUUCGGGUCCGCGCAGCACUCCUCAGCUCAAGAUGCAGUCAGCGGUAUCCAGCACGACAUGGACUCUUUUGUGAACCUGUUCAAAAAGAUGGGCGUCUCUUUUGACAGCGAAGGAAAUCCGAAUUUGCCAAAAAAAAUCGAUCCGUCCCUCAUCUCCGAAUACGUACGAAAAGUCGGCGAGGCCCAACAAGGCAUCAAGAAGAUCGAGAACGUGGAGCAGAACAGCCCCGAAGCUGAGUUUCUCGCCGAAGAACUGAAUCUGAAAAUGGAAGACAUCAACGCAUUCUACAAGAGCCACGAGAAUUCCAAACAAGAGUCCGUGCAGAUUCGCGCCCAAAUAGAAGAUUGGUUGGCCCAAUUCGAAGAAGUGGCUGGAAAAGGCGUCCAGCAAGAGCCAAAAAAGGCGCAGACGUAGCGUUCAGAAUUUUGAGUACAUAAUUUCGUGUUCACGCGUUAAAAAUAUUUUCAUUUUACAUCAAUA